AUGAGCGGCUUUGGCACCACCACCACCAACAGCAGCGGAGGAGGAGGUGGCGGUGGUGGCGCAAGCCUUGGAGGAGGCAGUAAUGGGGGAAGUAGUGCCACCGCAACCACCAGCAACAGCAAUAGCAGUAAUCUUAAUGGAGGAGCCCACACACACGUUGCCAGCAAUGCGGAUGCGGUGAGCAGUGUGAGCAACAAUCUGAAUCUCAACACGGCCACAUUGACAACGGCACCGACGCAUGCCGGCGCCAGCUUUGGCCUCGGUGUGCCCGGCAUGGGCAUGGGCGUGGGUGUGGGCGUUGGUGUCGGGGUGGGCGUGGGCGUUGGUGUGGGCGGCGGCAAUUCGACGCUCAACUCGCUGGUCGUCGGCAAUCGCCUGAUGAACAGCACAGCAACGCCCGCCGGCGCCGUUGCUGGUGACUCAACGCUGGACAGUGGCAGUGGGAGCAGCACUGGAUUGCCAUAUCCUCCGGGUCAUCAUGGUGGCAAUUAUGUGUCAGCGAGUGUCAGCGGACAUGGCACUGAGCGUUCCUUCUAUGACUAUCUGGACAUGAAGGGCGGCGGAGAUCAAGCGACGUUUUUAUUGUAA